CAUGGCGUCCAUGCUACGGCAAGCUUUGUUCCAGCAAAGACCAGCAAGCACCGACAAAGCCUAUUCCAUCCGUCCCUCCGUCCCUCACGUCCUACAGCUUCCGCGUUCUUGCAUAUAUGAAUAUUCCGUUUCGUCAUGUCCUUUUUAACACCUUCUCAUUCUGAAUCAAAACUCUACAAACUGUGAACACUCUUGACAACUAUCACUCCUUGAUCAGGAAGACAAAAUUAAAGAUGUCAUCAUCCACUCCAUCUAGCCCUGCUCGUCGCAAAAGCGGGUCAGUUACCGGUGCUCCGUCACCAGAGCGACGCAGGUCAAACCGGCUCGCCUCUAUCAGUAAUGCACGCACGGAGCCUGAGGGAGAGGUCGAAGCGGCUCACGCAACUGAUGACGCCUCCGUUGAUGGGGACGAAAGUGAGAGCAAACUUGCUGCCGAUGAUGACGCCUCGCCGAGCGAUGGUUCUUCUAGAAAUGCGGAUGGUGUUAAGCCUCCCCCAAUUCCAUUGUCAACGAGAUUUAACCCAUGGAACUUUGGAGAAAAGCCUUGCACUAUCAGGCGAGUCUAUCUUAAUGGCGAAAAGAAGCAAGACGACAAUGAAAAGAAGGCAAGCAGCGAUGAUGGCAAACAAGAAGGAGAAGAGAAGGACGUCAAGAAGGACGAGGAUAACGCCGAAGAUGACGUGGAUGCAAAUGGGAAUGACGAUGAGAACUAUGAACAAGCCGAAGCGUUAGAGAUAAUCAAGGCAGGCGGGUGGGAGGAUUGGCGUAGAGACUCCCAAGGGGGAAACUACAACAAAGUGAUUGAUCCACUACCAGAUUUCCGGGAGCAGCCUCCAGCGCGGAGUAGCAAUGCCCAAGCAGUGCCACCUAUCUACGAGGAUCGCGGGAUCAAGUUCAAGUCAGGGGGCCGAUUCAUAAACAAUGCUGACGGAACUCAAAUUGACCAAGAGAAGCAUUUAUUCCUCAAAUUGGUCGAUAUGAGGGCCAAGAGCAAGAACGACAAAGAACCCAAGCGACAGCUAGUCACCUGGCACAAUAAAAAUGGCGCCCCAAAUGAUUGGAACGAUAAGUACGCCAUCAAGAAGCUCAAUGCAGCUCACCAGGAAAACAUCAGGAGUAUAUGUCGAGAUUUCACAUGGUCGCAAAGCGAAGCUGAUUUUAUCGCCCAACAGUUCAAAGACAAACCCAAAGUUUCCAUCAGAGAACUGGCUUACCACUUCAACAACUACUUCAUAGGUGAUUUCUAUCUUUCUUCACCUGAGGAGUGGGAUGUGGUGCACACAGGACGCACCAUUGAAUCUAUAAGGUAAGUUGGCCCGAUCUUCUGCCACACAGGAAGAAUCUAACAAGGUGCAAAGAAGCGAAUAUCUAGCUCACAAGGAUGACUACGACAAUGGCGAAGCCCCAAAAAAGCCAGAGCUGCGUGGCAAGUACUUCAUGCAUGCUAACGGAUUGAGCGAGGAGCAAAUGAAGAAUAUUUGGACUUCGGCGAAUGGCGGAAAGGCACCUAUACCGGUGACCCAGCCC